GAAAGUUCCGAAGUGGUCACCUCCUCGCGGCUUGCCUUCAGCUUUGGAGGACGGUGUUCACAGCAAAUUUUUAUCAUUUUUUCAACUUUUUCCGCCUUCCUGAGCCGCAAAGAUGAGCGAGACGAGUGCUGUGGUGGAGAAGUCCCUGCGCUCCGUGUUUGUGGGCAACAUCCCUUAUGAAGCAACAGAAGAGAAAUUACGAGAUAUAUUCAGCCAAGUGGGGCCUGUGCUGUCCUUCAAACUCAUGUACGACAGAGAGAGUGGAAAACCAAAAGGCUAUGGUUUCUGUGAGUACAAGGAUCAGGAGACAGCCUUGUCAGCGAUGAGGAAUUUGAAUGGGUAUGAAAUUGGAGGUCGACCUUUACGAGUGGACAACGCCUGCACUGAAAAGUCAAGGAUGGAGAUGCAGAGCUUAAUGAUGGGCCCAGUUGUGGAAUCACCUUAUGGAGCAGAGGUGGAGCCAAACAAGGCACCAGAGGCCAUUAGUAACGCUGUGGCUUCCCUCCCGCCUGAGCAGAUGUACGAGCUGAUGAGGCAAAUGAAGCUCUGUGUUCGUAACAACCCGCAGGAGGCGAGAACCAUGUUAAUGAAUAAUCCGCAGCUGGCUUAUGCUCUCCUGCAGGCCCAGGUCGUCAUGAGGAUUAUCGACCCCAAGACAGCCGUGCAGAUCCUUCAUGGGGCGCGGGAGAGUAUGGACCCCCAUUCUCCCCACCUCUGGGACUGCUCCACCUCCUACUGUUCUGCCCACUCCGUCCCAGGCCCCCCCAGCACUCAAUGGAGGCCCCCCCCAUCCCUCCUCCGACGUCAGGGCCCCCUCCACCAUCCAAUCUCCCCACCAGGUACCCUCCCCCUAUGGCUGCUGGCCCAGGGAGCUUUCAGGGACCCCCGCCGGGACCGCCACCCCCAAGAGGACCCCCCGUUCCAAGGUUUGUGCGGGGGGGGUCCCCGUGGCCCACCCCCCUCCGGGAACGACCAGGAUAUGAGGCUACCCCCCCCUGGCAUGGGUGGCCCCCCUCCUCCGCAUGAGAAUUAUGGGGCAGGUCCGCACCACGACUAUGAUAACAGGUUUCAGCGAGACCCUCGUGGCGAAUUUGUGGAUCAGCGCGGGGAGCAGAGAUUCAGGGAACCACCCCCACCCCCUAGGGACUCCAGGGACACCUUCCCCCAGAGGAGUGACCCCAGGGAUGUCAGGGACAGAGACCGGGACUCCCGUAGCUACAGAGAACAGCGCGGGUCAGGGGGCGAGGGGGGUCGGAGGCCUCAAGGGACCCGCGGGGAAGCGACAGGGACUACAGAAGCACCCCAGCCGCUGCCUCCACCCCCUGCUGCUCCCGAGAGCCGCGACCCCAGGGCUGCCAGGGGUUCGUACCCUCAGGACAAGGAUUUCCGCAGUGGAACCAGUGCGCCCCUUCCCCCCAUGGGCGGCCCCACCCAGGCGCCCCCCAGAGGUGUGCCAGCCCCCUCCAGUACCUCCUCUUCCCUCCCCACAAGUUUGGCUGGACAGGAUCAAGAGAAGGCCAGCCUCAUCAUGCAAGUGUUACAGCUUUCGGACGAGCAGAUUAAGAUGUUGCCGCCAGAACAGCGUGCAUCCAUCUUGCAGCUGAAGGAGCAAAUACAGAGAUCACAGCACUAGGCCACAGCACACAGCAGCAGCAGACUUGUUGUGCUGUGGUAGGGAGAGAGAGAGAGAGAGAGAGAGAGAGAGAGAGAGAGAGAGAGAGAGAGAGAGAGAGAGAGAGUUAAAAUGAUUAAAUACUUUCUAUCUUUCUCUCUCUCUCUCUCUCUCUCUCUCUCUCUCUCUCUCUCUCUCUCUCUAAGGGACAAAAAAAUAUAUAGAAGGAAAAUGUUUGAUGAUAAUAAUAAUAAUAAUAAUAAUAAUAAUAAUAAUAAUAAUUGUAGUAAAAUUUCUAUUGUUUAUAUUAUUAUUAUUAUUAUUAUUAUUAUUAUUAUUAUUAUCAUUAUCAUUAUUAUUAUUAGUUUAUUUUCAUUAAUCUUAAAGGAACCACAGUUACUAUCUUGAAUUAUUACUAUUACCAUUCAUUCAUUACUAUUAUUACUACUACUACUAUUUUCCUCAAGCUUGUGUAUAAUCCUGACCUAACUUGACUUAUUUAUCAUCUCAUAACACAAAGGAUAAUUAAAAAACUACCAUCAAUACUUAAUUUUGACUCAAUGAACACUGAAACGACCAAUUGGGCUGUUGAACCUCACUACAUCUGAUAUUUAAGAAGCUGACGGGGCCAUUUACUCCCUAACAUUGCUUUCCUUCUCUCCCUUAUUCUCUCUCCAUUCCUCCUUCCCUCCUUCCCUUCUCCUCUUCCCUUAUAACUCUGACAAAACCCUUGUUAUCAUUUUCAACAACACAAUCAAUGCCAGAAUUCAUUUUUUACGACUUACGAGGAAGCUGGCAGGAAAAAACGUACAUCCUGCAGUUUUAUCGCCAAUUAGAGGUCACAUGUGGCUGCAGUAGAGGUCAGGGUGCGUCGGUGAUUAGGGAAAGGUGUACCAGGCGGGGUCAGAGGGGAAAUGAAGGGGUCAUAGUGCUGGUUUACUGUGUAUUUCUUUAUUCAGUUUGUUUAUGUUCAAUAUAUUCCUCGAAAUGUU